CCCAGCAGAAGAGGCCUGUGGCUCUGUGUGAGGCAGAGGAAGAGGAGACCAGGGGAGAGAGGGGGCGGCGGGGGAGCGCAAACAAGACCAGGAACCCAGGGGCCUUCAAAACGGGGAGUUAUAAACUGCUUCAGUUUGGGAUUAUUCAGUGAGAAGAUACAAUUGAAGAGGAGUGAGAGCUUGUCUCAGGUGGAGGUGUCAAGAUGGCGGCCAAUGCGGAGGCGGCCAAGCCCGUCAUCAUGAAUGAAGAGGAGCUGAAGAGGAAGCAGAGGGAGAAGCUGAAGAAGCUGCAGGCCACAGGAGGAAACCCUCGACCUGCCAGAUCCCUCUUCAUGUUCACCCUGAAAAAUCCUUUCCGCAAGGCCUGCAUCAACAUUGUAGAGUGGAAAACCUUUGAGAUCAUCAUUUUAUUGACCAUCUUUGCAAACUGUGUGGCUCUGGCUGUGUUCCUGCCCAUGCCUGAAGAAGACACAAACAACACAAACUCGAGCUUGGAGAGUUUGGAGUAUAUCUUCCUCAUCAUAUUUACAUUAGAAUGCUUUCUGAAGAUAGUGGCGUAUGGGUUGGUAUUCCAUGAAGGCGCCUAUUUACGGAACUGCUGGAACAUAUUGGACUUUGUCAUCGUCUUCAUGGGUCUUUUUACUUUCGCCUUGGAUACCAUCAACAAGAUAGCAGGUGUGCCGAUGGAGAAGGGUGGGGGAUUUGAUAUGAAGGCACUGAGAGCUUUCAGAGUGCUGCGACCUUUGCGCCUUGUCUCUGGAGUCCCAAGCCUGCAGGUGGUGAUGAACUCCAUUCUCAAAGCCAUGCUGCCCCUGCUGCACAUCGCCCUGCUUGUCUUUUUACUGGUCACCAUCUACGCCAUCAUGGGACUGGAGCUCUUUAAGUGCAAAAUGCAUAAGACCUGCUAUUACACAGGCACAGACAUCUACGCCACGGCUGAACUUGAGUUGCCUGCACCCUGUGCCCAGGCUGGUAAUGGACGCCGCUGCAUCAUCAAUGGCUCAGAAUGUCGACCAGGUUGGGAGGGUCCCAACAACGGGAUCACCCACUUCGACAACAUCGGCUUUGCCAUGCUGACAGUGUACCAGUGUAUAACCAUGGAGGGAUGGACAAAAGUCCUCUACUGGGUAAAUGAUGCCAUUGGAAAUGAAUGGCCUUGGCUCUACUUUGUGCCCCUCAUUCUGGUGGGUUCCUUCUUUGUGCUCAAUCUGGUUCUGGGCGUGCUCAGUGGAGAGUUUACCAAAGAGCGAGAGAAGUCAAGGUCACGAGGAGAGUACCAGAAGUUGCGAGAGCGUCAGCAGCUGGAUGAAGACCUGCACGGUUACAUGGAGUGGAUCACUCACGCUGAAGUCCUGGAUGCGGAUAGGGAGGGUAAAGGACUCCUGCCAUUAACCAGUGGAGAUUCUGACACAGACAGCCUUUAUGACCUGGAAGGCAAAAGCAAAAUCAUCUACUAUUUCCGCCUGGCUCGUCGCUGGAACCGUUUCUUCAGGAUGAAAUGCCUGGUAUAUGUGAAAACAAAAGGCUUUUAUUGGUUGGUUAUGUUUCUCGUCUUCCUCAACACCCUGACCAUAGCUACUGAGUUCCAUCACCAGCCUGAAUCACUCACUACCCUACAAGAUGUGGCAAGUCGUGUCCUGCUGGUGCUGUUUGUUAUAGAGAUGUUUGUGAAGAUGUAUGCGCUUGGCCCAAGAGCAUACUUCAUGUCACUUUUUAACCGUUUUGACUUCUUUGUGGUGCUUUGCGGCAUCCUGGAGAUGAUCAUGCUCUCUGCGGGAGCUGUAGCCCCUCUGGGUUUCUCUGUGCUCAGGUGUAUCAGACUGCUUAGGAUCCUAAAAGUCACAAAGUACUGGAAGUCUUUGAGUAAUCUUGUGGCCUCUCUCCUCAACUCUGUACGCUCCAUCGCCUCCCUGCUCCUUCUUCUCUUCCUCUUCAUCGUCAUUUUCUCCCUCUUGGGCAUGCAAGUGUUUGGAGGGAAAUUUAACUUCAGUGACAAUAGACCCAGACGCAGCAACUUUGACAACUUCCCCCAGGCCCUCAUCAGUGUGUUUCAGGUCCUCACAGGAGAGGACUGGACCAGCAUUAUGUACAAUGGCAUCAUGGCCUAUGGAGGACCAGUGUUUCCUGGCAUUCUGGUGGCCAUCUACUUCAUCAUCCUGUUUGUUUGUGGGAAUUAUAUCCUCUUGAAUGUCUUCCUGGCCAUCGCUGUGGACAACCUGGCAGAGGCUGAGAGUCUGACUUCUGCUCAGAAAGAAAAGGCAGAGGAGAAAAUGAGGAGGAAGUUACUAAGGUCCAAAAUGCCUGAGAAGACUGAUGAGGAGAGAGAGAGAAUAGCUAAGAAACUUGCAGAGCAGAGAGCCAAAAUAGAGGGCAUGCCUACUACAGCCAAGCUCAAAAUUGAUGAGUUUGAGUCCAAUGUUAAUGAGGUGAAAGAUCCAUUCCCACCUGAUGAUUUCCCAGGUGAUGAUGAGGAGGAGGAGCCUGAGAUCCCCAUUAGCCCUCGACCUCGUCCCAUGGCUGACCUGCAGCUGAAGGAAGAGGCUGUUCCUCUGCCUGAAGCCAGUUCUUUCUUCAUUUUUGGCCCUCAGAAUAAGUUCAGAAAGCUGUGCUACAAGAUCAUCAAUGCUACCUCCUUCACCAACUUAAUCCUGCUCUUCAUUCUGCUCUCCUCCAUCUCACUGGCAGCUGAGGACCCUAUUGACCCCAAGUCCUACAGAAACGAGAUUUUGGCCUAUGCUGACAUUGUCUUCACUACUGUGUUUACCAUUGAGAUUGUACUAAAGAUGACAGUGUACGGAGCGUUCAUGCACGAGGGCUCCUUCUGUCGUAACUCCUUCAACAUCCUGGAUCUGAUCGUGGUCACAGUGUCGCUGCUUUCUAUGGGAAUGGAAUCCAGUGCGAUCUCUGUAGUGAAGAUUCUCAGGGUGCUGAGGGUGCUGAGGCCUCUCCGAGCCAUCAACAGAGCCAAAGGGUUGAAGCACGUGGUCCAGUGCGUGUUUGUUGCCAUUAAAACCAUCGGUAACAUCGUUCUGGUCACCAUGCUGCUGAACUUCAUGUUUGCCUGUAUAGGAGUGCAGCUCUUUAAGGGGAAAUUCUACAGCUGCACAGACCCAUCCAAAAUGACUGCAGAGGAAUGCCAGGGAAUGUUUUGGAAGCACAUUGAUAAUUCCCUCCAAGAUACUGUGCUGGCUAAGAGGGAGUGGCUCAACAGUGACUUUAACUUUGACAACGUGCUGUACGGCAUGCUGGCUCUCUUCACUGUUUCCACAUUUGAGGGCUGGCCAAAACUGUUAUAUAGAGCUAUUGACUCUGACCAAGAGGACAUGGGUCCUGUUUUCAAUAACCGCGUGGAUGUGUCUAUCUUCUUCAUCAUCUACAUCAUCCUCAUCGCCUUCUUCAUGAUGAACAUCUUUGUGGGCUUUGUCAUCGUCACUUUCCAGGAGCAGGGCGAGCAGGAGUACAAGAACUGUGAGCUGGACAAAAACCAGCGUCAGUGUGUGCAGUACGCUCUAAAGGCUCGUCCUCUGAGAUGCUACAUCCCCAAAAACCCUUACCAGUACAGAGUGUGGUACAUCGUCACCUCCUGCUACUUUGAGUACCUCAUGUUCUUCCUCAUUAUGCUCAACACCCUGUGUCUGGGGAUGCAGCACUGCAACCAGUCAGAAUAUGUGACCAAGCUGUCCGACAUGCUGAACCUGAUCUUCACCAUCCUCUUCACUGUGGAGAUGAUUCUCAAGCUGAUGGCCUUUAAAGCGAGGGGUUACUUUGGAGACCCCUGGAAUGUCUUUGACUUCAUUAUUGUCGUGGGCAGUGUUGUUGACGUCAUCCUGAGUGAAGUCGAUACUGCCCUGGCCUCCAGUGGAGGACUGUACUGUCUCCAUGGCUGUGCUGAGACAAAUCCAAUGCAAGUAAUUGCUGCCUCUGAAAAUGCUUCGGUUUCCAUCACGUUCUUCCGACUCUUCCGUGUCAUGCGUCUGGUCAAGCUGUUGAAUCGUUCAGAAGGCAUCCGUAACCUGCUGUGGACAUUUAUCAAGUCCUUCCAGGCUCUCCCUCAUGUCGCUCUGCUCAUCGUGAUGCUCUUCUUUAUCUACGCUGUUAUUGGGAUGCAGAUCUUUGGAAAGAUAGCCUUAGUUGACGGUACCCAAAUCAACCGCAACAACAACUUCCAGACAUUCCCUCAGGCUGUUCUGAUGUUAUUCCGAUGUGCAACAGGAGAGGCUUGGCAGGAGGUCAUGAUGGCUUCCAUGUAUGGGAAGAAGUGUGAUCCAAAGUCUGACUUUCUGCCAGGGGAGGAGUACACCUGUGGGUCCAACUUUGCCAUCUUCUACUUCCUCAGCUUCUACUGUCUCUGUGCUUUCCUGAUCCUCAACUUGUUUGUAGCCAUCAUCAUGGACAACUUUGACUACCUGACUCGGGAUUGGUCCCUUCUUGGUCCACACCAUCUGGAUGAGUUCAAGAAGAUCUGGGCUGAAUAUGACCCUGAGGCCACGGGGAGAAUCAAACAUCUGGACGUGGUGACGUUGCUGCGACGUAUCCAGCCUCCGCUAGGCUUUGGCAAGUUCUGUCCUCAUCGAGCUGCAUGCAAGCGCCUUGUUGGUAUGAACAUGCCUCUGAACAGUGAUGGCACCGUCACCUUCAACGCCACCCUGUUUGCUCUUGUGAGGACUGCACUUAAGAUCAAAACAGAAGGGAACUUUGAGCAGGCCAACGAGGAGCUGAGAGCCAUCAUAAAACAAAUCUGGAAACGCACAAGUAUGAAACUCUUGGACCAGGUUAUCCCCCCUAUAGGAGACGAUGAAGUGACUGUUGGAAAGUUCUACUCCACCUUCCUGCUUCAGGACCAUUUCCGUAAGUUCUUGAAGCGCCAAGAGGAAUACUACGGCUACAGACCCUCGAAGAAGAGCGCCACAGGCCCAGAGAUCCAGGCGGGUCUGAGGACUAUAGAUGAAGAAGCAGCGCCAGAGAUGCACAGAGCCAUCUCAGGAGACCUGCAGAAUGAGGAGGAGCUGGAACGAGCAAUGGAGGAGGCCGGAGAGGAAGCUAUCUACCAGCGUUCACAUGGCCUCUUUGGUAACCGAGGAGACUCAUUCGACACUGAGCCAGCCAACGCUCAGUCCCAACAGGUGACCAGCCAGCGGCCCCUUAUGUUCUCAGAGAGCCAGCCCGAGUCUCCACCUGACUCCUCGGCCCUGACGCCAACCACUGAAUUUUUCCCUACAACUGCACCCAAAAACAACACUAACAACAAUGCCUACGCAGAGUUUUCAUUUGACAGAGAGGGCAGUCCUGCUGAGUUUUACAAUCCCUGUGAGGAUGAAGAGCCAGACAGCCUACGCUCCUGGAACUUUACAGUGAGAACAGACAAAACACAGUUCCCCUAUGACCCAAACUACGGUGACAGUCAGAGUCAGAGCUCAAGUACUGCAGCAGAUCAGCUGGUCCAGGAGGCUCUAGUGAAGGGUGGUAUGGCCUCUUUAGCAGAAGACCCCGGCUUUGUCUCAAUGGCUAAGGAGGAGAUGGCUGAAGCCAUGCACACAUCUAUAGAAGACAUGGAGAGUGUGGCGCAGGGCAUCUUCAGCGGCCGCUCUGCCAGUCAAGAAGUCAAGCCUACCAAGAAGAGACGUCCCAUCCCUGUCCCUCCUUCUGCUCCCGCUGUUGCAGCAAAGGAGACAUCUGAGCCUGAUCCAGCUGUGAGGAGAAAGAGACGUCCAAUCCCCAGGAUCCCCGCCAUACAGGAGGAUGACUCCAGAGUCUAAAGGAUGUCACUAGAGUUUACAUGGUUAUUUUGAAAAUCUUAUAAUGGCUCCAUACCACCUCACCUUACUGAGCUUGUUUCCUCUGUGACAAUCUUUCUUUGCAAGCCUGGCAACUUAAAGCAGGUUGGCUCAGGAUAAAUAUGUUGUCAAGUGUGGUAGAAUAGAGGAAAAUAUAAUAAAACAUCUAAAUCUUCAGAUUUAUUGAAACUAAUAAACUCACUCAGUUAUCUCAGAGAAAUCAGAAUGACGCACUUCUUUCUUUGUUGCGUUUCUGGAGGUAAUUCAUUCCACGUGACUUCUGGGAUGACCAUGCAAGUGAGCUGAAAGUCUUACUGAGAGGGCGACCAACUGAGUACAGAGGGAAAGGUCGCUUUAUUGUGAACAGUUAAGUUUGGACAGUGGGAAAGGAGUAUGUAUGCAUCCAGGCCCAGAGAUAUAACUGAGUAUUCUCUGGUGCUAUUUUAAUGAUGCAGGUUUAUAUUGUUUUUGAUGAGGCAGUGUCAGGAUGUAACUAUGUUUAGUCUUUGAUUAUUUAAGUUUACCAGGUUUUCUCCUGCUCUUGUAUGCAGUAUGGGCGAAAGUUUUUAAGAGGAAACAUUUUUCUAUUAUCAUUUUGGACAUUGAGGUACCUUUAAUAUAAUAAUUUACCUUUGUUAUUAAUUUUUCAAGACACAAAGUAGUAAAACAGUGCAUGUGAUCUUUUUAAGGUUACUCUAAGUCACUGUGGACAGCUGCUAUGUUCAUUUACAUAAAUGUCAUACUUUUAAGACACACAGUUGACCAGUCUGGAUAAAGAAGUCUUCAGCAUACCUGGAGUAUGGUGAUUUUAGCUUCAUAACUCACCUGGGCUUAUUACAAGUUUUAUUUUUAACUGCAUGGGCAAAUAUUAUUGCACUUUUUCAUGUUUUGUGACAGCCUUAAGGUAUUUUUUACACAAUCUUCUGGUCAGCCUGUGUUUCAUAGAUAUCACUUUAAAGGGUUUUGGAGACAGUUUGAGUGAACGUCAAAGCUUAACCUCUCUACUUAAGCGUCUGAGGAUCUGGCUGAUGUUACACCAGUGUUUUCACCAUGAAAAAAAAAUAAAUAAAUUAUCCAUA